AAUUCCAGUGUCAUCCAGAUUCCACCGGAUCUAGUUCUACAUUUGAAAUACCUACGCGUGCUGGAUUUCAGUGACAGUUUCCUCGAAGAAUUGCCCGAAACCAUCGGCGACUUAGUGCAUCUCCGGUACCUGGAUCUGACUGCCACUGCCAUUGCAAGGUUGCCUGAAUCAAUUAGCAAGCUCUAUAGUUUGCAGACCUGGAGACUGAGAGAGUGUUUCUCAUUGAAGGGGUUACCUAAAGGCAUAACCAAUCUGAUAAACCUACGGCAUCUGGAAGAAGACAGCAGACUGAUCUCGAGUGUGGCUGGGAUUGGGAAACUGACCUGCCUCCAGGAACUGCCUAUAUUCAAGAUUCAUCAGCAGAUCGGACAUAGGAUAUCGGAGCUGAAAGAUAUGACGGAGAUCCGAGGAAGUCUCUGCGUUUUGAAUCUGGAGAAUGUGGCCGAUGCCGAAGAAGCAAGACAGGCCAGAUUGAGCUACAAACAACAUCUGCAGAAGCUGAAACUAGAAUGGAACGCUCACAGUGCGGGCAGCUUUAGAGAUGAGGACAUACUCGAAUGCCUGCAACCACAUGAGAGCCUCAAAGAGCUUCAUAUAGAAGGCUACAAUGGCAGCAGGUUCCCCAGCUGGGUAGGAGAUCCAGUUUUCUCUAGCCUUACGAAAAUGUACUUGCACUACUGCAACUGCAGCCUCCUCCCACCUCCGGGACGACUGCGCUUCCUUACUCACCUAGAAAUGCAAGGACCGGAUGGGAUCAAGCAUCUUGGUCCGGAGUUCUGCGGCCAUGGUAGGGAUGGUGGUUUUCCUUCCCUAGAAGUGCUGCAAUUGGAGGACAUGACAGAAUGGUUGGAGUGGUCUGGAGUCACCGAAACCCAUUUCCCGUGCCUCCGUGAGCUCAGCAUCGUGCGCUGUCCAAAAUUGAGGCGAUUGCCUGCCAUCACUUCUCUUUCUUCGGUGCACAUAUCCAACUGCUCAGACCUGCAAUCUCUUCCGGCGGACCUGACCAGGCUUCGGAGACUAGAGAUCUAUCACUGUGAAAACAUGGUGGUUCCGUCAGAAGGCAGCGGGCUUCAGUCACUGGCCUCCCUCAAGCACUUGGAUGUCGAGAACUGUCCUAAGCUGAUGUCGGUAGUAGAGGCAGAGGCUGUUCAUCUUCCCAAGUCGCUUCAAGUGCUCCGAAUCAACUCAUGCACUGAUCCGAGCAGCUGGGUUUUCAAAGAGAUAAGAUUCUUAACAUCCCUCCAAUAUUUGCAGAUUUCCGAAUGCAUGAACUUGAAAGUUCUUCCGGAAGGGCUUCGUGCCCUUCCAUCCCUCCAUAGCUUUCUGGUGCUUAGGUGCCCUCAGAUCACCGCAUUGCCGGAGGAUGGCUUGCCUGCGACACUGCAAUGCUUGUCCGUAGAAAGCUGUCCGAUGCUGCAUGAACGGUGCAAGGAGGAGAGAGGCCUCGACUGGCACAAGAUAAAUCACAUACCCACCGCAGUGAUCGACGGCCAACACUUGUAAAGCAUGUUCUGCAUCCCAGAAGCAAAGUAGGUUCCGAUUGUUUGGGGAGAAUCACAGGAAAAAGACCUGUUCGUAUGAGAUACAGUAGGGUUUUAGUUGCAAGUUUUUGUACCACUUGGAAGUUUAUGAUACACAAACUGCUGAGCAUAUAUGGAAUAGCUACCUACGUGCACCUAAAACGCGUUCCAUUUUCGCAAUGGCAUUCAAUCGAACAACUAACGUGCAUGAGCACCUAAAUAUUAAAGCAAAGCCGUGCAGAAAUGCUAGACCGUGUGGAAACUGAUCAAGACGGAGCAAAGACAUGCCAGAGCUACCGGUGGAUGACACGGCGACGGAAGGCAAGCAGAUUUCAACCCCAUUGCCCCGGUCCCGACGUGAUUGAGAACCCGGUUUACAGCAGGCGACGCUCGGGGAUGAAGGGGGAACUAUGCGUAGGAAACUUGCACGGAGGAGGGUGAGGAGGGCAGAAUAAGUACACGAAGGCCUAAUCGGAAGACUUCUUCGAGCUCAGGCAGGGCAUGAGUGCCUGAUUGGCUCAACUGAAAUCUUAUGCAUUGUAAUCGAUUAAAUACCUGAAGUGUGUUACCAGCGCUCAUCAAACAACGGCAGCAAAAUGCAGACAUGAAGAAGACGAUGGCCUGCAGCUGAUCGAUACUAUGCGAA